AUGAAUGGAUCUUCCAGCUCAUCAACAAUCCAAAUCUCGUUCAUCUCCAGCCUUUCACAAUGGCAACUGAAAAUGCAGCAACAAACGUUGGUUUCCAUCAGCGUGACCACGACAUCCUGUCACUGCUUUCUAUAUUCACUCGCUCUCAUCGGACAUUAACGGUAGGACUUUUACUCGUUGGAGUCCUCAUUCACGACAAGAGUUUCGAACUGCCGCCCCCCAUCAAUCAAGGUGCAUAUUUCGAAGUAUACAGUCUUCCUUUCCGGUCUUUUACAGGAACAUACUUGCCUCUGAGAUCUUCAGAGGUGCCUGGAAAGGCCCUUCCAGAGGUCGUCGCUGUCAAAUGCCCAAAGAUAAUGGGCGAGUUGCGCGAUAAGCGAAAUCAAAAGCUUUGGAGUUCCAUGGCGAUGGAGUUGCAGAUACUUCGACACCCACAUAUCCAAGAACAUGAAAACAUCGUUUCCAUUCUGGGAGUCUGUUGGCGAUCAAUAAGAGGCCAGGUCAUGCCGGCUUUUGUUAUGGAGCUGGCCCAUACAAAUCUCGAAGCGAUGAUGCAGUCCGAAGGCUUCAUAAUCGACAAGAUGAGUACUCGCAAAGCCUUUGGACUUGCCAUCGAUGUCUGCGCCGGCGUAUCCGCACUCCACGAAGUUGGCAUCAUCCACGGCGACAUCAAGCCUGCCAACGUCCUGAUAUUCAAACAUCCAGAACUCAAGUUCGUCGCCAAAAUCUCCGAUUUUGGCUCAUCAUUACUGAAAACAGAUAUCAAAGAGCCAAUUCGUCUUCCAUUCAGCAGUGGAAUCUGGCAGGCCCCAGAGUGCAAAAAGGUUCUUGACGGUGAAAACCUUAUCAGCGCAGAUACAUUCUCUCUUGCGCUUCUAGUGUCAUAUAUCCUCAGCAGAGGAUAUACUAUGGCAACUUUUGAGAAUCAUGGAUCUAAGACACCGUCUGAGCAUUCUGGGCAGCAUGGGCCACCCGAUUGGCACGAACUGUUUGAGCCAUCUGAAGAUGUCAUUCAAGGAAUCUACGAUAAAUUAGCGCAGUAUACCUAUCAUACAUUGAGCUGGUUUCUAAGGACUGUCAUCGAAGCCGAGGAGAGUCAACGCUAUGGACUGGCUGCUACACAACAGCCAGAUGGAACGACAGAUGAUCCUGGGGAGCACGAAGAAGCUGAGGAUGCUACUGAUGAAACUUCCCAUUUCAAGCCCAUUUCCCAGAUUGCGCGUGCAGUAGGGGAGACCGUCACGCCUCAUCUCUUUCAGCCUUCGCUUAGACCAAGAAGUAACAUCCUACACCGGAAUCUACGAAUAUGCCUUAGCUGGAUUCUUACCAGAGAUAUGUUAAACCCGCUGAAUCAUUCUGACCCUGCAACAAUGAUGCGUUUAAUUCAAGCAACAGCCCUAAACCCGCAGGAACGCGAGAUAUUGAAUAACCCAGCGAUCGAAAGCCCGACAGAAGAUGAAAAGGCGCGCGCCUGGAGUUUCGCACAAACGGCCGAGUAUCUCGACAGAAGCUUUUAUGCUAUAUCCCAGAAACAAAUACCCCCACAGCUCGAUGAAAUAACCCAAUCCGAGUCCGCUCACAGAAUCUCUGAGAUACUAAAAGCCUGGAAGAGACACGAUCUUCCAAAGCCAGAGGAGAUGUACUCAAUAUGUGAUGCUGGUGCAGUUCUUGAGGCAGACAUGUCGCUUGGCACUCUGAAAAUCCUUCCAACUCCAGUGCUGAACCAAAUCGUUGUUGAAAUGACAGCUGUCGCACACGAUGAACGAGAAGACAAGCCACGUCGAGCAGAAGCUGCAUGGCAGUGCUCUGUUCUUCAGUUAAGACUGAGGAAGAUGGAGAAAGGAAAACACGACGAGCUUAACUCAAUACUUCAACUAAUGCUUCUUGCAGCUCGACUAGGGCAUACUGUAGCUGGUGGGAUAGUCGGGUGGCUUUGUGCUGCAUUCAAGCUAGAGCUAUCGGUUUCCCUAGAAGAAGAGAAGCAAUGGCUUUAUGCAGCAGUCUGUAUGGGCAACUCUACAGCAAGAAGGCGGUUGUCAUCCCUCGAUAGGGGAGAAUGCCAGCGGGCAGUUUCACAUCUUCGUUCUCAAUACGUCGGCAUUGGGCUUGCAGCGCCCCGCAACUACUACGACUCAGAUUGGGUAGACGAUGAUUCUUUCUUCAGAGUCAUUGAAGAUUCACCCAGCAGUCUUGGACCCAUUUUCCAACUUGCUGCAACUGGAGGCCGCUGCGAACUUGUCCACCGCAUUAUCACCUCAAAAGCUCAACAUCUGAACAUAAACGAACUCUUUGAGGGGAACGAAAGUGCUUUGUUAAAGUCAUGUCGAUCCGGGUUUGCUGAGAUCGCUCUUCUUCUCCUUGAAAAAGGUGCUGAUCCCACUUUGGCAAACGACGAAGGAGUUACCCCAUUACACUUUCUAAGCUCCUUUGAUGAAGAAUAUAUCCCAAAAAUCACUGAUGCACUGAUCAAGGCAGGGGCAGACCGAGAAGCUCGUUCGUACCAAGGGUGGCGAUACAGGCGGUGCAUUGACUCAACAUAUGGGAUAGUUGAAGGUACUCCAUUGACCUGGGCUGUCGCCACAGGUAAUGAAACAGCCACUCAGGCACUCAUGGACAUCGGAGCAGACCCUUUUGAUUUGAAGGGAAGAGAUAUAGAGUAUGACGAUGCUUGGGCCAAUAACAUCCAUGUUUUUCCCGUAUGGCAGGCUUGCAUCAACUGUCAAUACCGACUCCUCGAAAUCUUACUUGAGGCUCCAAAAGACUACUCUGAAAGUCUGAAUGCAGUCUACCGCAAGUUUGGGAGUCAAGGCUUGAAGGAGCCAUUCGCAAUUCUGGGCUGGCUUGUCACUGAUGGGAAUUCCAGCACUUUCAAUCGGAUUCUUAUCCACGGAAGUGAUUAUGAGCAAGCUUUCCAAAGAACCUUCGAAAUUCUUAUCCGCCAUGGAGCGAAUCCGCUGGAUAUCAAUGGCAAGGGACAAUCCGUCAUUGUAUCUGCUCUGGAACGAAGUCAACCGUACAUACUGAACUACUUGAUGACCUGGCAGAACGGGAAACUACAGCCAGAUAGUUCGCAAUGGAUACACGGUCUUUGGAUUUCCUGCUGUCUUCAAGACAAAGCGGCAUUCCAGUCGCUUGUUUCCCAUUCACAAGCAGAUAAGAUCUCUUCGCAGCAGUGGGAUGGAUUUUUUGCUGCGCUGCGUGUUCUGCCCGACGACACUGAAUAUCUCAACCACCUUGACCAUUACCGUAGGUCAGAAGCCAACUUCCACAAACAUUUCGAAAAUGCACUUGUUGAGGGAAAGUAUAUUCUGGCUCGUUGGAUCUAUGAAACAGGAAAAUGCGACUUGACCAGAAUGACCGAUAGGACGACGAUUCUAGGCCGACUAAUUUUGUCGUCCAAGUCAUACAGCAAUUUUUCCCGCCAUAUUGAUGUUUUCCUAGACAUGGCUGGUACAGAUGCUGUAUACUACGAUGUAUUUGAACUUAAUGGGUCGAAAAUGUCUGCACUACAUGCAGCUGCGUUUAUGUUGGAAUACCGACCUGGCUCAUCUCGCUCUACUUCAACGGUUCAAGACAUUGUCAGACGCAAGUAUGAGCCAGAAUACUUGAAUUUGGCUAUUUCUGAGGGCGAAUACAAGGGCAGCACAGCAUUACAUCUUGCCGUACAAACGUGCAAUGAGGACGCUGUACGCUAUCUCCUGGACGAGGAGGGAGACAGCCUGGAUCUUUCACUAUUAGACCACAGGGGCAACAGUCUCAUAGAUCUUGCAAGCUUCCUCUGGAAGAACCAGGCCCCACAAAUGGAAGUCUGGGAGACGCCCGAGGAGAAACGCAAAGAGGCUGACCAACGUCACUUUGAAAGCUCCAUGUUGAUAUUGCAUAUGCUCUACUCUACAAAACGUGCACAGCCCAGGAGAAUUAUGGCAUCUGUCACUAAAAUCGAGGUUGAUGUACUCAUGGUCAUUCUAUAUGAGCCAGAGGAAUAUAAGAUGAUGAAGGUUCAAUGCUCAGUACUCAAUGACUUGUCACCCAUGCAAAUCAUGCGUCUUGGUGCCAUGUACGCAAUUCAAGCGCGCUGGGACCUCACUCUGAUAUGGCCUCAAAUUGUUGAGCGUGGCCCUGGGCUUUCGCUCAAUAGCUCUUUCUUCAUUUUUAGUGCCAGUCAAAUGUCUGAAAAAGAGUUUGACAGUGUUUCAUCUGAUGGCAAAGUCAUCCGUCGAGAGCAGUACCAGAGUAACCCAAGUGGUGAGCACUCGGAUAUGGUUCUCGCCAUGCAGAAUCUCAUGUUAGAGAUGAGGGACUAAUCCAGUAGAUCAAGCUGAACGCUUAGUUGGAUUUGAUGAGUCUUUAUUUUAGGUGGCAUAUUAGCAAUAUUUCAGUUGAGGCUUGGUCAACGUUGCCAAAUAUUGACAAGUUGGAGAAUUUUAAUGAACACAUGACAAAUUUGCCCUUAUA